AUGAUCUUUUUCCGUGUGACGUGGAAGGUUGUGGGUCUGUACCGUAUAGACUGCGGUCACGCACCACACUGCCUAACAGACCACAGGUGCUGCCUGCCAUGCCCGCAGCAAGAUGUCACAGCCAGGGUCACGACCACCGACCCCGGAGGAUGCAGGCCCCCAGGACGAACUACCCCAGGGCCAGACCCACGGUUGGCACCAGCUCGGAGUGCUAUGGCCUUGGGAGGGGCACUGUCUGAUUCUGGGACUGCUGGCCUAGAAAUGCAGCAAAGGCAACUGGCCCAAUUGGAGGCACGGCUUAUGGACUGGUUGGGAGCACAGGUGGGGGACCAGCUGGCCCGCAUGCAGGCACAGAUGCAGAUGCAGAUGCAGGCACAGAUUCAGGUGUUGGCUACUCUCCUGAAAGGUCAACAGCCCACGCCUUCCACUGUCGCCGAUGAGAAUUUGCCAGCCGCUGAUGCUGUGCUACCACCUUCUUUGUCGACCAUCCAGACCUGCCGUGAGGAAGCUACUGGACAGCAGCCACGUCUGCCUCCAUCAGUGCCUGUGGGCCCACAGUCUACUGCAUUUGUGGCCUCGUACCUGACCUCUGCAGUAGACAACCAGCCCGUCAGAGAUGGGAGAGACGUUACCGGACCUCAGCAGAUGGUAACUCCUACACCAGCUGUCGUGUCAGCACCAUCACCGCCCACCUUGUCAGGGACUGAAGCUGCGACCCAGCCCCGGCCUCCAGUGCUGCCUCAGCCAACACAGUAUGGGCCACCUCCGCAAUAUACAGCGCCUGUACUACAGCCCCCUGUCUAUCAGCACUCAACACAUCCUGCAGCAGCUGAUGGCACCCCGGUCUCCUCAUCCCAGUCAUGGCCAGUUCAACCCUGUGAUCGUGCUUGCUCUUGUUCCACACUGACCAGCGGACGUGAUGAGGUCCCUGUCUUUUGUGGGGAGACGCCAGCCUCCCAGGGCAUCCAGCGGAGUCCUGGAUUUCCAGCAUCGAGCUCGCAACCCGGCCUGCCACCUCCGAGGCUUACAUCCGCAUGGCGCGUAGCAAGCAACGGCUCAACAUUUUAUGAUAUGCUGGCCCAAGCAAGGAUGGCAGUAGGCCAGGGGCCUCUGGACUUCUUCCGUGCCGUGGAGCUGGCAGUACAACAGGGCCUGCGAGACUAUCCUCAGGACAUCGGGAAUACUGAGGGUCUAAUGCAGCGCAUUAGGGUUACCUGA